CUAAAUUUCUACCGCCAUCUUUCCUGAUCUUUCCAAGUUGAGCGUUGAGCGGUUGAGCCUCUUCCAACUGCUUCCAACUUCCUCUUCCUCUAUUUUGCACAGUCCUUUGGAGGUGGCUGUGUUUCGUGCAAUUUUCAGAUCGUCUUGACAUAAUGGGUUUUGUCAAAGUAGUCAAAAAUAAGCAGUACUUCAAGCGUUAUCAAGUUAAGUUCAAGAGGCGUCGUGAAGGAAAAACUGAUUACUAUGCUCGUAAGAGAUUAACUAUUCAAGACAAGAACAAGUACAAUACACCUAAAUAUAGGUUAAUUGUACGUCUCUCUAAUAAGGAUAUUACAUGCCAGGUUGCUUAUUCAAGAAUCGAAGGUGAUAGGAUUGUAUGUGCUGCUUACAGCCAUGAACUUCCUAAAUAUGGCGUUAAAGUUGGUCUCACCAACUAUGCAUCUGCUUAUUGUACUGGUUUACUCUUGGCCAGAAGACUCCUUAAGAAGUUGGGAUUGGAUACCUUGUAUGCGGGUAACACAGAAGUAACAGGUGACGAAUAUACUGUUGAGGAAUUGGACGAUGGCCCAGGUGCCUUCAAAUGUUAUCUAGAUACGGGACUAAUGCGCACUACAACGGGCGCCCGAGUUUUCGGUGCUAUGAAAGGCGCAGUUGAUGGUGGUCUCGAUAUUCCUCACAACACCAAGAGAUUUCCUGGAUACGACGCAGAAUCUAAGCAAUUCAAUGCAGAAGUGCAUAGACAGCAUAUAUUUGGUCAACAUGUUGCGAAUUAUAUGAAAACUCUGGAAGAAGAGGACGACGAAGCUUUCAAGAGACAGUUUUCACAAUAUAUUAAGCACGGCAUCUCUGCGAAUGAUAUUGAGAACAUAUACAUGAAAGCACAUGAAGCAAUCCGUGCUGAUCCAGAACACAAGAAGAUCACAAGAGAGAAGGAACCUGUUAAGAAGAGAUGGAAUCGCGCGAAAUUAUCUUUGUCUGAGAGGAAGAAUCGCGUUGCUCAAAAGAAGGCUUCAUUCCUCAAGACUUUAGAAGAAGCAGAGGUGUAACUAUUCUUCUAUCAGAAUCAUGUUUAUGAUGUAUGCACAGACUUGUGUGCAUGAAUGAAGAAUAAAGGAAACUCAAUACAUA